GCAGCCUUACCCGAAAGAGCGACGAUGGUUCUCAUCAAGGAAUACCGUGUGGUUUUACCCUGUAGCGUUGAGGAGUAUCAAGUGGGACAGUUGUUCUCAGUGGCUGAGGCCAGUAAAAAUGAGACUGGUGGUGGUGAAGGCAUUGAGGUCCUCAAGAAUGAACCCUAUGAAAAAGAUGGCGAAAAAGGACAGUACACACACAAAAUCUAUCACUUAGCAAGUAAAGUCCCUGGGUUUGUAAAGGUGCUUGCCCCUGAGGGCUCCCUGGUCUUCCAUGAAAAGGCCUGGAACGCAUACCCUUACUGCCGAACCAUUGUGACGAAUGAGUACAUGAAAGAGGAUUUUGUCAUUAAGAUCGAGACAUGGCACAAACCUGACCUUGGCACACUUGAAAAUGUCCAUAAACUAGACAAUCCCACGUGGAAGACAGUAGAAGUUGUGCCAAUUGACAUUGCAGACAGGGAUCAAGUGUCUCCUAGUGACUACGACCCAGAAGAGGAUCCGGCCACAUUCCAGUCGAUGAAGACUGGUAGAGGACCCCUUGGACCCAACUGGAAGAAAGAGAUGGUUAGUAAAACUGACUGCCCAAGGAUGUGUGCCUAUAAGCUGGUCACAGUCAAGUUCAAAUGGUGGGGCCUGCAGACCAAGGUGGAGAACUUCAUCCACAAGCAAGAGAAGAGGAUCUUUACAAACUUCCAUCGCCAGCUGUUCUGCUGGAUUGACAAAUGGGUGGAGCUGAAUAUGGAUGACAUACGACAGAUGGAGGCAGAGACACAGAGGGAGCUUGACGAGCUUCGCAAACAUGGCGACGUACGAGGAACCAGUGCUGCCAACGAGUGAAAAGUCAAGGAUUUUAACCAACAAUGAGGACAACGUUGAUGAAGACUUUGAGGAGGGCUCCCAAGGGCGAUGUAAAACCAGGCAACGAUUUCCAUCAUGAAAGUGAGACACAAAAAUCCAGUAGAAUUCAACCGGACGUUGUUCUGAUGUGCUGGACAGAAACGAAGCUGAGGUUGCCUCGUGUGACGUUUCCCCAAAAAGCUGCCUCGUGUAUCACAACCUUUACUGUAACUCAUUAUUUCAGUGGGGAGAUUGGCAAUACAUUCGUAUCAUGGAGGGAGGCGGUGGUGAUGUGGCCUCUGAUUACAUUAUGAGACUACUUAAAUAAAGCCUGUAUAUCUCUGUAACUGUACCCAGCUGUCAUGAAUACCUCUCCAAGAGAUAGUCCUGUGCAAAACCGUAACUGGUCUUCAGUAUGAGCACUGUCUCCAUCUUUACAACCCCUGUUGUCAAUUGAAUAGAAAUCCCAUUGGCAAACGAAUACAGCCUAAAUCAAUGGUUUACCAUCUGUCAAAAUGACGACAUGGGAGGGGGGAGUCUUCACAAGGAAAAAAAAACUAGUACGAUCAUGAUUUAUCAAAUCUACAACUGUUUAAUUUCUGAAAAGCUUGCUUUUAAAUGUUUCUGAUCAUGUUUUGAAAUUCAGGGGACAUGGUAGUGAAUGUAUGAUAUGUUGUGCCUUUUCUUUCCGUAGAUUUUGUGCCAUAAAGUCUACAUGUUGUAUCUAAAUAUCAAAUAAAUUUCACCUCAAA